AUGAAUGUCCCCGAGGCUGGCGGAGGACACGCGGCGCGGAGGGCCCAUACAACCCAUCUGUCGAUUAGCGACCCAAACCACCAUGUGACCGAGGCCAUCGGGCAUAUGUACAACGACGACUACGAUCGAAAUGAACGCAACGAUGCAAGACGCCUCAGUUAUAUAUCUUCCCCUCUCGGCGAGUCAAUAACUACAAUUCCGCGGACCGCCGCAGGCUCCGAGUCCCCGCCUCCAACGUCGCUACAAUAUUCACCGACUUCAGGUCAAACAAAGCAGACGAAUGGAGGACACUUACGACCACCCCUGGCUGGCCAACGGUCCUUUGAACGAGAUAGUGACUAUGGGUCGGAUUUGACCGGAUUGCCCUCCGAAACUGCGACCGCUUCCUUUCCUCUGAACGAUAUUGACUACGAAUCCGAUCCUGCGGCGGUAGUUCAAGAGCUGAACAAUCUGGCUGCUAUUCGGCGUAUGUCAAUGGAUGUCGCGGCUGCAGGCGAUCCUGAUCUUCCAUCAUUUGGCAGUGAUUUUUCGAUUCCAUCUCUACCACCCUCCCCCUCGACCGACGAAAAUGAUACCUCUCGCUUGUUUUGGGUCCCAGCGAGCUUGCAUCCAGAGCUGGCACCAAUGGAAUUCAAGUCGUUUCUCGAGAGCAAGGCUGACGUAAUAAAAAGGAAAUCGGUUGAUUUUUCUUCUUUAGGCCCUGAGCGACAGGGAUCUGGCAGCGGGCUGCAUCGAAAAAAGUCCAUGCUAUCGAAGCAGAUCGACAUUUCUACUGGUUACACAGAUGGUGCGGAACGGCUGGAGCGGAAACGCUCUCAGUCAACGAGGCGAGAUCGCAUCUUGAGUCCAAACUUGCAACAAUUGGAGACUUUGGUCGAUGAUUCAAACACAAAUAAUAAGGAUUUACUGAUCAAGGGAAUCCAGAGUAUUUCAGUCUCUGGAGCCGAAGACAAGCCAAUUCUACCUCCAGCUCCGCCGGGGCUGGGCACUCUUCGAAGAGCAACGCGAACACAAUACCGAAAGAAUACCACUCUGAAGAAGGGCGAGAAGCCGCUUUACUCCAAGAGAGUUGGGAGAGGCCUUUCAGAAUCCGCUGGGUCAGCUCCAAAGACUGACGAGCAGCUCAGCCGCAUGUCGUCAGAUACAGCCCCCGUAACUCGAACAUCCCGGUCUCCCUCUUCAUCAUCGCACGGUGCUGCUCAUUCUCCAACACCCCCCGCUAGCUCAACAACAUUCGAUCCGAUCCACCGUAGAGAGGCCGAGCCGGAACGAGCUAUAACCAGUCCGACACCCGACACUGCGUCAGAUUCAUCGACUGAGAACAACUCUACUCAUGGCCACCAGUGGCAUUCUCGCAUCAGCACGAAUGGUCGUUCCACUGUGAACACACCUCAAUCCAAUCAAACUGUUCCUUCUAUCGUUGAAACACCUCCGGAAGAAUCCAACCGCCCAACCUCAAGUCCAUCACCCACUAGCCGAGCACCGGAGCGCGAUGUGCCAUCCGCUCACUCUGCCAAGCCAAAACCGCCCAUGGAUACCACUCCCAGCAAGCGUUCUUUAAUGAAUCCCAACCCCGGCAGAGAUACCACUCCCUCAAUUAAUGAUUUGGCCAGUAGCACCCAAAUGAUCCCUGGUCAGAAUACUCGCACAGACAGCUUGUCUUUCAUCCCGACCUUGCCCGAAGAUCGAAAGUCAGAAGACCGUAAAUCGGAGGCCAAGAAGUCAAAGAAGGAGGAUGGUAGCCGCAAGUCCAGCUGGCAUUGGCUGCUGGGAAGUGAGAAGGACAAAGAUCAUGAUACUAAGAAGAGUAAGUCGAAGUAUGCCGACAAAUCCCAUCACCAAGCGCGUCCGGAUACACCGCAGUCAUCCGCGGAAAACACCUCCAAGGGCCGCGAAAGUCUCGCUCUGGAUCGUUUGGAUCCAAGACUGGAAGAAGAGCGACGCAAAGAUGGUGUUCGAAGGGCUUCAGGAGACAACAAGAAGGAGAAAGACGGAAUUUUCUCUUCCAUAUUUGGUGGCAGCAAAAAGAAGCACGGCUUAGAAAGUCACCACCAUCGGAAGAGUUUGUCCCGCAACCUGUCCCCCGACCCUCCAAUUCGGCAGCUGCGGGCAGACCUUGACUAUCCUUGGACUCGAUUUUCCAUACUUGAAGAGCGUGCAAUCUACCGCAUGGCUCAUAUUAAACUUGCAAAUCCCCGACGUGCUCUGUUCUCGCAGGUGUUGCUAAGCAACUUCAUGUACUCAUAUCUGGAAAAGGUGCAGCAAAUGCAUCCCCAAGGCCAAAUUGCGGUGACUUCCUCUGGAUCUCAGAGACAACAAUCUAAAGCUCAGAACCAGCCAGAUGAGUACACCCAAUAUCAGCGAUACCAGGAAUCUCAACAGCAACAGCAGUAUUCAGAUAGUGCCUAUGAUGACCCGUCCAUGUAUGACUACGAGGACGAAUCACAUGAUCGCUAUCAGGCUGAGAGAAACCAGCAGGCCGGCUAUCAAAAUGGUCAUGGUAGCUACGACAUGGGCCAAUACCAAUAUGGGCACUCAACCUUUGGUGACGAUGUUCAACUGGAUGAUGACGAUGAUGAUGAUAUGUGGUGA